CGCCAACGACGAAGACGAGGGCGCCAACGCUAAGCUGCGCUACCAGAUCACGGCGGGGAACGCGAUGGGUUCCUUCGACGUGGAACCUGAGGUCGGCACCAUCUUCGUGGCCCAGCCGCUGGACUUCGAGCUGGAGCAGCGCUACGAGCUGCGCCUGGUGGCCUCGGACGGGAAGUGGGAGAACGAGACGCUGGUGGUGGUGCAGGUGCUGAACCGCAACGACGAGGCGCCCGUCUUCAGCCGCAGCGAAUACCAGGCGUCCGUCACCGAGGAGCUCACUCAGCUGCCCGUCUUCCUCCUGGAGGUGUCGGCCACAGAUCCGGACCAGGAAGCUGAUCAGACCGCGCUACGUUACUCCCUCCAUGGCCAGGGCGCCGAUGGAGAGUUCACUAUUGACGAACGUACCGGGAGAAUCCACGCCCAGCGGCGCCUGGACCGGGAGGAGCGAGCGGCCUGGAGGUUCCUCGUCUUCGCCACCGACGAGGCAGGGGCAGGACUCACGGGAUUUGCAGAUGUGUUGUUGGAGGUCCGAGACGUCAACGACAACGCGCCCUUCUUCCCGUGCCCGGCGCUGGAAGUAGACGGAUGUUUUGUCGGGCAAGUGCCUGAGAAUUCCCCUGCGGGCACGUCGGUCAUGGAGAUGCGCGCCAUGGACCUGGACGAUGCCAACGAGGGCAAGAACGCCAUGAUGACCUACAGCAUCAUCAAGAACGUCCGCAACGAGAUUAACCUCAACCUGUUCUCCAUCAACGCCAGCAGCGGGACCAUCUACACGGUGCUGCGCUCGCUGGACCGCGAGGUGGAGGAGCGCUAUCUGGUGGUGGUGGAGGCCAGGGACGGAGGGGGUUUGGCGGGAACGGGAACAGCCACUAUCAUGAUCUCAGACGUCAAUGAUCACCCACCCGUAUUCACUCAGAGGGUCUAUACAACUCAG